AUGGUUCGCAGCGGCUCGAUCUGUGCCGGGGCCGAUCUGGUGAUCGAAAUCCCGGGCAACCAGGGUCUGGACGACUCGUUCUAUCGGCUCGACUACUACCCGCCGAUCGGCAACCCGGCGCCGAACGCGACGAUCGCCUCGCGGGACGUGGGCGACGAGAUACAGUUCUCGAACGGGCUGCCCGGCACGCGCUACAACUUCUGGCUGUACUACACCAACUCCACGCACAAGGACUGGCUGACGUGGACGGUGUCGAUUACGACGGCGCCGGACCCGCCGGCCAACCUGACCGUCAUCCCGCGCAACGGCAAGAACGUGAUCAUCAACUGGAGCCCGCCGGCCCAGGGCAACUACUCGUCGUUCAAGCUGAAGAUCCUCGGGCUGACGGACAGCUUCGCCACCAACUACACGACGGCGGUCGAGGACACUCAGUUCCAGUACAUGGUGCGCGACCUGACGCCCGGUGCCACCUACCAGGUGCAGGCGUACACGCUGUACGACGGCAAGGAGUCGGUGGCCUACACGAGCCGCAACUUCACCACGAAGCGCUAUCGGCACAAAGAUCUGCUGGACAUUAAGAUUCUUCGAGAACCGAACACACCCGGUAAGUUUAUCGUGUGGUUCCGCAAUGAAACGACCCUGCUGGUGCUGUGGCAGCCACCGUACCCGGCCGGCAUCUACACGCACUACAAAGUGUCCAUCGAACCACCGGAUGCCCUCGGCAGUGUCCUGUACGUGCAGAAGGAGGGCGAACCGCCCGGGCCGGCGCAAGCCGCCUUCAAGGGGCUGGUGCCGGGCCGUGCGUACAACAUUUCCGUGCAGACGAUGUCCGAGGACGAAAUAUCGCUACCGACCACGGCCCAGUACCGGACGGUGCCGCUUCGGCCGCUGAACGUGACGUUCGACAAGAAGUCCAUCACCGAAAACUCGUUCAAGGUGAUGUGGGAAGCGCCGAAGGGUUUCAGCGAGUUCGACAAGUACCAGGUGAACCUGUCGACUGCCCGCCGCCAGCAAGUGGUCCUGCGGAACGACUACGAGAACAUCAUUUGGCUCGAGUUCAAGGACGGUCCGGAAGAAAGGAAGGAGAAGCUGGAUCCGGGCAAAACGUACCAAGUGGUGGUGAAGACCGUGUCCGGCAAGGUGACGUCGUGGCCGGCCAGCGGUGACGUCACGCUGAAACCGCUGCCCGUGAAGCAGAUGAACUCGUACACCGACAGCAAGACGGGCGUGAUCACCAUCUCGUGGAAGCCGGACGAGCUGAGCACGCAGGACGAGUACCGUAUCAGCUACCACGAGUUGGAGACGAACAACGGUGACUCGAGCACGAUGAGCACGAACAUGACGUCGUUCGCCCUUGAGACGCUCCUGCCGGGCCGGAACUACUCCGUGACGGUGCAGGCCCUUUCGCGCAAGAUGGAGUCCAACGAGACGGUCAUCUUCGUUGUGACGCGACCGUCGUCACCGAUCAUCGAAGACCUGAAGUCGAUCCGCGAGGGACUCAACAUUAGCUGGAAGAGCGACGUGAACUCGAAGCAGGAUAAGUACGAGGUGACGUACACACGCAACGACACCAACGAUGGCAAGACGAUCCUGACCACCGAAAGUCGGCUAGUGUUCACGAACCUCUACCCCGGGGCGGGCUACGAGGUGAAGGUGUUCGCCGUUAGCCACAAUCUGCGCAGUGAACCUCACUCGUACUUCCAGGCAGUUUAUCCUAACCCACCGAGAAACAUGACCAUCGAGAAGGUGACGAGCAACUCGGUCCUUGUGCACUGGAAACCGCCGGAACGGUCCGAGUUCACUGAGUACUCGAUCCGCUACCGGACCGAAAGCGAGAAGCAGUGGAUACGAUUGCCGUCGGUGAAAGCAACCGAAGCGGACGUUACCGACAUGACACCGGGUGAGAAGUACACCAUACAGGUGAACACCGUAAGCUACGGCGUGGAAAGCCCGAACCCGCAGCAGGUCAAUCAAACCGUGCGGCCCAACCCGGUCUCGAACAUUGCACCGCUCGUUGACUCGAACAACAUCACGCUGGAAUUCCCCCGUCCCGAGGGACGCGUCGAAACGUACAUCAUCAACUGGUGGCCAACCGAACAGCCAGAGCAGCUGUCGAUGAAAAACUUCACCGAAACCAACACGAUUCUACCGUAUCCCGGCACUUUGACUGAUGACGAGAAGAUUGUCGAAGAACCGCCGCUGGUGCGCCUUCUGAUCGGUGAUCUGAUGUCCGGUGUGAUGUACAACUUUAAGAUACAAACCAUCUCGUACGGGCUGACGAGCGAUGUGACGAAGCUGCAGACGCGCACCAUGCCCCUGAUCCAGUCGGAGGUGCUAAUUGUCAACAACAUGCACACCCGUGACACGGUCACGCUCAGCUACACGCCGACUCCGCAGCAGUCGUCCAAGUUUGACCUGUACCGCUUCUCGCUCGGUGAUCCCAGCAUUCCGGACAAGGAGAAACUAGCGAACGACACCGACCGGAAGGUAACGUUCACCGGGCUGACACCUGGCCGGCUGUACAACAUUACCGUCUGGACCGUGAGCGGUAAGGUGUCCAGUCAACCGAUCCAGCGCCAGGAUCGUAUGUUCCCCGAUCCGAUAACGAUGCUCGAUGCAACCGGUAUCAACGACACCUGGAUCGCCCUGAAGUGGGACAUUCCGAAGGGCGAAUACACGGCGUUCGAGAUACAGUAUCUGAUGAACGACUCGCACUACGUACAGAACUACACCGUCAACAAUCACAUCAUCAUCACGGACCUGAAGCCGCACCGUAACUACACGUUCACCGUCGUGGUCCGCUCCGGUACCGAGUCGAGCGUGCUUCGCGUUUCGCUGCCCAUUUCGGCCAACUUCCAGACGAAGGAAGCACUGCCGGGGCGAAUGGAUAAGUUCGCACCGGUCGACAUUCAGCCGAGCGAGAUCACCUUCGAGUGGUCUUUGCCACCGAACGAGCAGAACGGCAUUAUCCGACAGUUUACCAUCACGUACGGAUUAGAUGGUUCGCAGCACACGCAGGUGAAGGACUUCCGGCCCAACGAGCUGCGCGGUUCCAUCAAGGGCCUGCAGCCGGGCAAAUCGUACGUGUUCCGAAUCCAGGCGAAAACGGCCAUCGGAUACGGACCGGAGCAUAUCUGGAAGCAGAAGAUGCCCAUUCUGGCACCGCCCAAACCGGAAACGCAAGUCGUCCCCACCGAGGUCGGCAGCAGUGCCACGACGAUCGAGAUACGCUUCCGUAAGCACUACUUUAGCGACCAGAACGGUGUGGUCACGACCUACACGAUCAUCAUUGCGGAGGACGAUUCGAAGAAUGCAUCCGGGCUGGAGAUGCCCAGCUGGCGUGACGUCCAGUCGUACAGCGUGUGGCCACCGUAUCAGGUGAUCGAACCGUACUAUCCGUUCAAGAACAGUUCCGUGGAAGACUUCACCAUCGGCACGGAGAACUGUGACGCCAAGAAGACGGGCUACUGCAAUGGAGCGCUAAAGUCGGGCACCACGUACUAUGUGAAGGUGAGAGCGUUCACCGCACCGGACAAGUUCACCGAUACGGCCUGGAGUUACCCGAUCCGCACAGCUGCACUUCUUUCGGUGGAUGCCCAAGACAAUACUUCGCUGAUCGUCUCGAUCACCGUUCCGCUGCUGCUGAUACUUAUGCUGGUCGGCGUGGUGCUAUUUAUCCGCCGUCGACGUCACACGGGCCGGAAAACGGCCGAACAGCGGACCAAUGACAAUAUGUCGCUUCCUGACAGCACCAUCGAGACAAGCCGUCCCGUUCUGGUGAAGAACUUUGCCGAACACUAUCGCCUGAUGUCGGCUGAUUCUGACUUUAGGUUUAGUGAAGAGUUCGAAGAACUGAAGCAUGUCGGUCGCGAUCAACCGUGCACAUUCGCGGACCUCCCUUGCAAUCGGCCUAAGAAUCGUUUUACCAACAUUUUACCCUAUGACCACUCGCGGUUCAAGUUGCAACCGGUUGACGACGAGGAAGGAUCGGAUUAUAUCAACGCUAACUAUGUGCCGGGUCACAACUCGCCACGAGAGUUUAUUGUGACGCAGGGUCCGCUUCACUCGACGCGCGAUGAUUUCUGGCGCAUGUGCUGGGAGAGCAACUCGCGCGCGAUCGUUAUGCUGACGCGAACCUUUGAGAAGGGUCGCGAGAAGUGUGACCAUUACUGGCCGCAUGACACCGUUCCCGUUUACUACGGGGACAUUAAAGUGACGCUGCUCAACGAUAGUCACUAUCCCGAUUGGGUCAUCACGGAGUUCAUGAUGACGAGGGGUGACCAGCAGCGCAUCAUACGCCAUUUCCACUUCACUACGUGGCCCGAUUUCGGUGUGCCAAAUCCACCACAAACACUGGCACGAUUCGUGCGUGCCUUCCGCGAACGGGUCGGACCGGAUCAGCGACCCAUCGUGGUUCACUGUAGUGCCGGUGUUGGGCGCUCCGGUACAUUCAUUACGCUCGAUAGGAUACUUCAGCAGAUACAGGUGUCCGACUAUGUCGACAUCUUUGGUAUCGUCUGGGCAAUGCGAAAAGAACGUGUCUGGAUGGUGCAAACCGAGCAACAGUACAUCUGCAUCCACCAAUGUCUGCUGGUGGUCCUCGAGGGUAAAGAAGGAACGGAGCGUGAGAUUCAUGACAAUCAAGGUUACGAAGAACCGAGAGAUGACCAACAGUCGGAGGAACAGCUACUGAUCGAGAAUCGACCGGAAGAUGACGAAGCCGGAACAACGGAGCAAUCGAUCGCGAUUGAAAACGGCGAGCUGGAUCGCCGACGCAGUGUGGCCUCUUCCGGAGGAGCAGGAGGAUCGGGGCCGCGAUCGAUUGAGGGCGGUGAGUUGGUGCAGAUACAGUUGCAACAGCGGCACUGCACCAACGGAGAAACCACCGAAGAGGAGCUGCUCGACGAAGAAGAAGACGAGGAAGUCGAGGUGACGGUGGAUGGGUUGAUGAUAGUUUCCAAAGUACAACAGCACACAGUGAUCGCCGUCGCCACGGUACCGAUCGGUGAUAAUCAGUUGCAGCAACAGCAGCAGCAGCAGCAGCACACGAAUAGCACAAGCACGAGCUCCAGCAAUAACGAUCGCGAUCCAGCCUCCUCCGGGAUGGACGAGCGAUCGAUCGGGAGUAACGGAACGAACAGCAAUAACAGUGCCAACAGUGGCUACGAGUCGAGUCCCUGCAAACGCCGUUCGCUAACCGGCGUCCGGGGGGAUCAGCCACAGGAUCGUCGAUCGCUGGUGUUCUGCAACAGUGACGGCAGCGUGCUGGGUGGCAAGGGAGAGUCGCUUAAUUGUGUCGUCGACCCACAGAACCAAUUGCCACCACAGCAGCAGCAGCAACCGCUGCCUCCAGCUCAGCAUCUUCCUUCGGGCCACCAACCGCCAACGGGGGCCACGAUCAGUGGGAAGCUGUGGAAGGAAGAAAGAUGA